AUGUCUACUGAUGGUUUCGACACGCGAUUCUGGUCCCAAGCAUGUCUACAAAUGGCCCAGUCCGAGGCUUCGGUUCGGCAUGCCUUAAUCGCCAUAGGUUACCUCAACAGGUCCCAGUCUGGAAGCUUGAAGAGCGCUCGCUCCGGUCUAGUAGCUACUUCCGGACAGGAGACGUUCUUGACACACUAUAACAAAGCUAUCAGAUCUCUUGCGGAACGAAUCUCUGACCCCUCGUACAGCGCCGAUGUUGGACUUGUGUCUUGCUUCAUCUUCAUCGGCAUAGAAAUUUUGCGCGGCAAUUAUGACUCAGCCAUGUUACAUUACUGCAAUGGGCUGCGCAUUUUGCAGACGCUCAGAGGGAAGCAGAGGCAAAGUCGUAGGAAAACGCUGGGCUCUGACCUGAUAGAAAAGUCACUGGUCCCUCUUUUCCAUCGCCUGCUGACCACAGGAAUCCUAUAUGGCGUACCUACUGAGCUCGUCAUGUCUCUUAAUCAGACGCCACCCAAUACUCCACGAGUUGCGUUCAAAUCUGUAUUAGAAGCUCAGUUCGCAAUGCACGAGCUUCGCAAUCAAGGCUUAUUGUUCAUUCGCCAUAUGGGCGAGAAUUUCCGGCCGAUUACGCCUCCUCCUGAGCACAAGCUGCUCGACCAACAGGGCUUGCUAUUUGCAUUGGAUGAAUGGUGGGCAGCAUUGGAAGAGCUCGAACGGGGCAUGACCCUCUCAGAGGACGAAACAAUCACUGCACACUCGCUCAAGGCGUGCUACUACACCACCCAACGCCUAGGAGCUACAUCCCCCGCAGCAAAUUUUACCUUCGAGGUCAUGGUCAUUCCUUGUCUCAACUUGACAGCCUCACGGUGUCGUUGUCCAGUCACUCGCCGCGAAGCUGUCGCCCUUCUCGAGCGCAACAUACCACGCGAAGGUCUUUGGGAUGCACAGCAGCAAGCCGUCGUAUCUCGGCGGCUUAUCGAAAUCGAGGAAAGCGAGGUCGACCCCAUCACUGGAUGGCCAACCGAAAACUCGAGGGUCAUGAGUACGCAAAGCCCGGGUAUCAUGUCAUGUUGCAGAUGCCGCGGACACAACACCAACAAAGACAAGCCGUGUCCGAACAAAGACAAGCCUCGCUGCACAUACUGUGGUAGGAAAUAUCACGAACGGAAAGAUUGUCGUAUGGAGAAACGUGACCUCGCCAAAGCAACCCGGGAAACCAGGGGUACAGACAUCGGCGUCACCAGCACGACAGCAGCAGUGGCUGCUAAAUCAAGGCUUACCGCCGUGGCUGUCUCCGACGGCAAUCUCUCUAUCAGCUCGGCCGCAUCAACUCCGCCCGCAUCCACCACUGAGGUCGCCAGCUCGGAUGCACGUACUUCUCGCCAAUCUGGCACCGACGGCUCGAAUGGAGCGUUGCAGCACCUCGCCAUCGAAGAUCCGGUCACUUCCGUCAAGUUUAUUUCCCAGUUGAAUGCAGACCGACGGCUUUACAACAACGCUAGCUACCUGGAAAAGAAGGGUCCGCAAGCCUCCACUCACCAUGACCUGCUCCUUCAGUCGCCUCAAAGCCUCAUGAAGCUACCUCUCGAGCUCCGGGAGAAGAUCUGGACGUAUGCGAUGCGGGAUCUCCCAAGCCGCUUCAGUAUUGACGAGGAGACUUACAUCGAUCAACUUGUCUUUCAACCUGACACGCUUCCGCCUUUUACAUUCAUCAGUCGGAUGCUAAGAACGGAAGUCAUUUUGGCGUGGAUACGGAGGACGCGCUUUAUAUUUUCGUCAUCUCAAGGCGGCUCUCAUGACAAGCUGAUCCGCUUUUUGGAGCAGUUCGAAUAUGGUCUGCUGUCAGUUCGCAUGAUAGGCUACCGUCGGGAUUCCUGGUGUUGGGUCCGCACCUUGACUGAAGAGAACAGCUUCAAAUCCAUCAAGAACACGGAACAUCUCGUGAAAGCCGAUUUUCGUUCUUCGCCAGCAUACCUAGUCUCCCGAUGCCCGGGAAUCACAAGCAUUGUAAUAACUGCACAGAAGCUUCGCUACCUUUCUUCGUCGUACAGCUGGUGCGAGCGCAACAUCAUCCCGCUGACCAAGGAAAAUCUUCGAGAAUACUGGUGUUUCGACGGAUUAUUCGAUAUGCAGAAGCUACGACAUGUCUACAUUUACUGCGUGAGUGAGAAAUACUACCAAGCCGAUCGUACGGAUUGGCCUGUCAAUCUCGAAGAAGUUUUGAUAGAGGGUUUCAAGGCGAAGGGUCGGAAGGUGGAAGUCAGUUUCGCAAACCAACGCUAG